UGGCAGCUGCACCGCGGUAACCGCCCUGCCUCCUCCCUUGCUCAGUUCGUCAGGAGGCAGCAGGUGCUCCUUCUCUACAGAAGGAUUUUGCGAGCAAUUCGGCAGGUUCCGGGUGACUCUGAUCGGAAUUACCUGAAGGACUGGGCGAGGGAAGAAUUCCAAAGAAACAAGAGUGCCACGGAGGAGGAUACAAUCCGGAUGAUGAUUACUCAAGGCAAUAAGCAGCUGAAGGAGUUAGAAAAAACACUUGCGUUAGCAAAAUCUUAACAGUAGUAUUAUUGUGAAGGAUUUUAAGUCUCUGAGUGCUUUGUUGAGCUUAGGCUUAACGGACAGCUCAAAGUCAAGUCUUACUAUUUGUGUGUACGGUAUUUGGUCAUAGAACGCAAAGGAAAGCACAUCAAAACAAUUACCUUAACAUUGAAAAACACCCUGUGUUUUGAAUACGUUUCUGGAUGUGUCAGCAGUUUUUGAAGCAAAACCACUGUAACAAAUAGCCACUUCGCACAUGAGAAGAUGCUCAACACAGUCAUGGGGAAAUGCAAAUCAAAACCACAAUGAGAUAUCACUUCACAUCUAUUCUAGAACGGCUGUAAUUAUAAAGGAAAAUAACAACAUGUUGAUGAAGAUGUGGAGAAAUUGGAAUCUGCCUAAUGUCUGUGCGCAUGUAAAGUGGUGCAGGCACUUUGGAGAACAGCCUGUCAUUUCCUCAAAAGGCUAAACACAACAGUUGCCAUGUGAUUUAGCAGUUCUAGGUGUAUAACCUUUAUGUGGCAGUAAAAAGUAAUCAAGGACUGAUACGUGCUACACAUGGAUAAACAUUGUCGAGAAGUCAGUCCCCAAAGAGUACAUAGUGCAAUGAGUCUAUUUCAUGAAAUGUCCAAAAUAGGCAGAAAGAUGAGGAGUGGCCAAGGGCUGUAGGUAGAAUGGAGAAUAACUGCUAAUGGGUAGGGGGGAUCCUUUUCAGGGAGGUGAAAUAUUCUGCAGUUAGAGUGUGAUGUUGGUUACACAACUCUGAAUAUGCCACAUCCAUUGAAUUGUACAUUUUAAAUGAUAGUAUGUGAAUUAUAUCUCAGCUGUUUUUAAAAACUAUGAGAUGUAGGCCUGGGAGUAUAUUGAGCCCAGGAGAUACCCUGAACUUUCUUGGAAAAUUUUGCAUUAGCCCUUAGGGUUUCAGGUAUGUUCUUUACAUUUGUCAUGGUUUGAUGGAGGACUCCAAAAAGAUCACUGUUUGGAAUCUGGAUUUCUGUUGGAAACAGAAAAGCUUAACACAUCGAAGCACUUGCUUACCAAAAAGAAGAGGGAAGACUUCUGGUGAAACUUCUGUAAUUGUCUUAAUAGCCACAUGGAAAGGAGUAAAAAAAUCACUUAGAUGUGCAGUGCAUUAGGAUCUCCACCAGUGACGGGGAAAAACAAAGAGACAAAUACCUCACAACCGAAGUUGAUUUCAGGACAGUUUUGAUAGAGGCCAAAUUUAGUAUUUACAAUUCAUUUAGUAAAAGAUGUGAAAGUGAAAACUUGUAGAAGAUGCUGGGAUUGUUAAUCUUGCAAACUGAAGUCUUCUGUUAAAACAGAGCUAAGAAGCCAGUCUUAUAAUCUGAUGAGCCUCUGAAAGAUGUAAUACAAUUUUGCAGAAUCAUAAAUGAUAUCUAGUAGAGUAAGUCCCCUAAUAACGAACAAGUUCCGUUCUGAAAGCACGUUUGUAAGGCCAGCAAAAUUAGCCUAGGUACCCAACUA